AUGUCUGCUACAUUCUAAGGCCGUAACCUUCGACCUGCUGACGCGCUGACCCAGAAGAGGAAGUCGCACACGCAAGGUCCCGCCCCGACGGGAAGGCUGUCGUCCCGGUCGCUGUGUCUCGUCUCCGUUGCCAUGCAGAGGGAGGAAAAGCAGCUUGAGCUUUCCCUAGAGGCUCUCAUCAGUCAGGUAGCUGAUCUGAAGAAUUCCUUGAUCAGCUUCAUUUACAAGCUAGAGAAUGAAUAUGAUCGGCUUACCUGGCCUUCAGUGCUUGAUAGCUUUGCACUACUCUCAGGACAACUGAAUACACUGAAUAAAGUGCUGAAGCAUGAGAAGACUCCAUUGCUGCGCAAUCAAGUCAUCAUUCCCUUAGUGUUGUCCCCAGACCGUGAUGAAGAAAUUAUGCGGCAGACAGAAGGACGUGUUCCAGUAUUCAGCCAUGAGGUCGUACCUGAUCAUUUGAGAACAAAGCCUGAUCCAGAGGUGGAGGAACAGGAGAAACAGCUGAGCACAGAUGCAGCUCGUAUUGGCACUGAUGCUGCACAGAAACAGAUCCAAAGUCUAAACAAAAUGUGCUUGAAUCUGUUGGAGAAGAUCAACAAAGAAGAACGAGAAUCUGAGAGUGGAGGUUUACGGCAGAACAAACAGACGUACAACCCUGCUGAUACUAAUGCUCUGGUUGCAGCUGUGGCCUUUGGGAAGGGUCUGUCAAACAGGCGUCCUCCAGGUGUGACAGGGCCUGUUCAGUCUAAUCAGCAAGGUGCCAACACCAUCAUAGGAGGUCCUUCUGCCAUGCAGCAGGUGCAAAUGCCUGGAGCACCAAAUCAAGCACAGCCCAUACUUGGAGGAGUACAGAUGCCACAAGCAGGCCAGCCAGGUAAGAUGCCCAGUGGCAUAAAAACCAAUAUCAAGUCUGCUUCAAUGCAUCCCUAUCAGAGGUGAGUUUGGGAAAUACUUUGACAUGUUGUUGCUCCUGGACUUCUUUCAGAGACUACAAACUACUCCCAACAGUGCAAUUCCUGACUGAACCUCCCUAUCCUCCAUACUCUCCUGAGUUUAUUUAUUUAUACAACCACAUUUAUCUCUUUGGACAGUGAAGUUGUACAGAGUGCCAGAGGCAAAUACUUUAGGGAAGACACCUCUGCAGCCUAGCCAGGACUGGAUGGAAAAAGUAGAUCUUUACUUUUUUAUUUUUAUCUAUCUAUUGACUGAUUUUGGAAUCUGUAUUGUAUGGAGGUAGAAGAAGCAUGUAAUAUGUACUCCAAAAAGUUUUUUUGUUGAAUAAAGACCAGGUGCUCUUCCCUCUAUAACUUUUGUUUCUGUUUUUAU